CAGCAGAAGCAGAAGGAUAAAACUCACUUUCUGCAGCCAUGUGUCUCCGGAGGUUUGUACUGUUCCUUUCUGCUAUAGCAGCAACAGGUUCUGGUUUGCAGUGUUUUAUUUGUUCGGACUUCAACACAGAUUCCUGUACCUUCCUUAUCUCUGUUGCCUCCUGCCCCAAUGGAAAUGUUUGCGCCUCUCGGUAUAGGAUAUCUAUAAUAGGCGAAUUGGGGUUGGUCUUCCAGAAUUUUGAUAGAUUCUGUGCUCAUCCAAGUGAAUGUAAUGCGACUGGGACAUUCCGAACAGACGGCAGUACUUUGGAGAGGAUGGCGACGACAUGCUGUUCUACAGAUCUAUGUACACCAGAAAAACCCAUAGCACCAGAUGAGAGUUCAGAGCCCAAUGGAUUACAAUGUAACUCACCCGUGGCCUGUAUGGGAGAUGAGACCAUGUGCCUUCUUGAAACUACAAAAAAAACCUCAGGUUCCGUGACUGUAACUACAACACAAAGCGGAUGUGCCUCCAAAGGAUUCUGCUAUUUAGAAAACUCAGAUUCCACGUCUGGUACUGUGCGCGAAGAAAUUACGUAUUCAUGCACUCCGGCUAGUGGAGCUCCAUAUAAUCCAUCACCUACAGCACUAAUAGUACUGUCACCUCUACUGUCAGUCAUUACGGUUGUAUUUCAGUAUAAUAAAUGCAACUUGUAAGACAAGAGACGUCCUGGCGAGGUUCAUGUGAAUAAUUAUUUUUACAUUUCUAUAAAGGAAUUAAAGUGGUACUCCGGUGGAAAACUUUUUUUUUU